AUGAGCAAGAAACAAGAAAACGCACACAUUCCGAAAUAUAUCAAAGACCAACCUUGGUUUUACAAAGAUUCAAACGAUUCCCCGAAAAAUGAAGACUAUUUGGCACAUCAUCGCAGGUCGAAAAUAGCAGACACAGACCUCGAUAUCGAUAACAACGCAGAACCUAAAGUGGGACGCGGAAUUAAAGACGAAUAUGAACGAAUUUCAAGCGUAGAACCAUCAAAUCGUUACAUUUUCAGACGUGAGAAUUGUGCUAAUUGUGGAGUUCCUGGACAUGUAGCGAGAGAUUGUCUGGAACCUCCCAAAAAGCGUGGAUUGUACGCCAAAACAGCUUCUGAAAAGCAGGUCGAAAGACGUGUAGAGUUUAAUGACAAUUGGGAUGCGAGGAAAGACCGCUGGUAUGGGUACGAAGGCAAAGAAUACGACACGGUUCUCCGACAGAAACAGGAGGAGCUAAAGCGCAAGGAAGCUGAGACAAAGCGAGCUGCAGACGAAGUGGAUACGGAUGAAGAGAUUGAACUGUCUAAAUUAGGGCUCUACAAACAGGAGACUAGCGGAAACGUUGCACAAGAUGACGCGCAGGGCUCCAAACUCAGAGCUUCAGUGAGACUAAGAGAAGAUCGCGCAGCAUACCUGAAAGAUAUUGGUUCAGAUACUCUCAACUACGAUCCCAAGUCCCGGUUGUACAAAACCGAUGACCUUGGCGAGAUUGAUCCUGAGUCCAAGAUGUUCCAUCGGCAUCUGACUGGCGAAUCGCUGGAGCUAUCACAGUUGAACCGAUUUGCUCGCGAGCAAACGCUGAGGUCGGGCAUUAGGGACGAGAUCGAAAAUGCUGCAAAGACAAAGCAUGUUUUGGUGGCCAAUCCUACUAAAUACGAACUUCUCAUGAAGCAAGAGGGCAGCAUCAAAACCCCAGCUUCUGGUGAGCAGUUGCCCACCAGUGGUAGUGCCAAAAAAAUCAGCGGCACGAAACAGACACAGGAAGAGAAGGCACAAUUGCUUAAGAAGUAUGGCUGA